AUGCCUUUAGCUUAUAGUGUCAUAAACCAAGAACAGAUCAAAGACAUAGUAUUCCAGCUAGCGAUCUUCCUGCAAAUUCAUCGUUCACCUUCAGAACCAAAUUCUACUGAUUUGCUGGAUCUAUUGACUCCUAGUUUCACAUUAGAUUGGGAAUUGUCGUUAAAUUAUUCCAGCUGUCUUCAUAGAGAAGGGUUUUGGGAAUCUAUAGCUGAGGAUCACCGAAAUAUUGAAGCAUUUCUGAAGAACUCUGGGUCAUAUGCUCCAAAAAGAUACAGCUAUACAGACAUCAAGCGAAUCACCAAUCACUUCAAAAACAAACUAGGCCAAGGAGGAUUUGGUAAUGUAUACAGAGGAAGUUUGCGUAACGGGAGUCAAGUGGCAGUAAAGGUCCUGAAUGAACUAAAAGGCAGUGGUGAAGAUUUUAUUAACGAAGUGGCAAGUAUUAGCAGAACAUCACAUGUUAACAUCGUGAGCCUUGUGGGAUUUUGUUUUGAGGGUCACAAAAGAGCUCUUUUAUAUGAGUUCAUGCCAAAUGGAUCUCUUGAAAAGUUUAUUUAUGAGGAAAUAUCUGACGGAGUUCGCCAAUUAGGCUGGCAAAUAUUGUAUGAAAUUGCAUUAGGCAUUGCUCGAGGAUUGGAGUACUUGCACCGUGGUUGUAACACUCGGAUUUUGCAUUUUGAUAUAAAGCGUCAUAAUAUCCUACUAGAUGAGGAUUUUUGUCCAAAGAUCUCCGACUUUGGUCUUGCCAAACUAUGCAUAAAAAAGGAGAGUAUCGUGUCAAUGUUAGGUCCACGAGGUACUAUAGGCUAUAUUGCUCCAGAAGUUGUUUGCAGAAACUUGGGAGGUGUCUCUCACAAGUCUGACGUCUAUAGCUAUGGAAUGAUGGUCCUAGAGAUGGUUGGAGGAAGAAAGAAUGUUGAUGUUGGAGUUGAUCGUACGAGUGAAAUCUACUUUCCACAUUGGCUCUAUCGACGAAUAGAACUAGAUGAAGAGCUUCAACUAAUCGGGAUAAUGAAUGAAGAGGAGAACGAAUGUGCAAGAAAGAUGGUGAUAGCAAGUUUGUGGUGCAUACAGACUGAUCCGGCAAAUCGGCCAUCGAUGAGCAAGGUUGUGGAAAUGUUAGAGGGGAAACUAGACUCUUUGCAAAUGCCUCCCAAGCCUUAUCUAUAUUCUCCCUCAAGACCAGAGGUAGAUUCAUCAAUAAUAGAACUGACAACAACAACAACAACAACAACAAUGUACCCAGUAUAG